UCUCUGAUCUCUACUUCUUUCUGGCCACGAGCCACACUCCUUACGAUGAUCUUCCACAUCUCCGCGCUCUCCGUCAUCCUCCUCGUCGCCUUCCUCGGCUUCUACUUCCGCCAGCGGAUCUACUCGCUCGCAGCACCGUACCUCCCCACAUCCGUGAUCGCGCGUCUGUCAAACUACCAGCCGCUGCAGACGUACUCGUUCCAAGACCAGGCGGCGGCGGGGAUGAGCUCGUCCAACUUUGACCUCGAGGCGAACAUGGGCGAGGGGAGCGGCGAGAACCGGAUGGGGCUGGACGAGGCUGCGGUGGAGGAGGUGCGGCGAAUCAUGGCGGUGGAGCGGUGCACGUUCGACCGCGCGCGUUUGAUCCGGCAUAACCGCAUCCUUGCGAAGAACGGCAUUGCCCCCGACGGCACCCCGCUCGACCGCAAGGCCGUUACGCGCCUUUAGCGUCCAUCCAUCUUCUCGCGACUCGGCCCCGCUUCUCCGACCAUAGACUCUUCGCGACGGCAGCUCGCUCCGUCAGCGCAUACCCACUGUCAUUCCGGCUCCUGUUGUUGAUGCAUCCAGCUAUUUACUCCCC